CUCCCCCCCCUGUCCCUCUCUCUGUCCGUCCGCAUACACGUAUCCCCGUGCGAGAGGCCAGCAAGUGAUCUGAAGAAAAGGAGGACAGGGGUCUUAAUCCAUCUCGAGAGAAACAACAGGCUAUGGCGGUGUCAGUCUCCAGGGAUCUGACCGUAGAGGUGCUGGAGGAUGUGAAUGCUGUCAAGCUGAGUGACAGGCAGCAGGCUCUACGCGCCGCCAUCCGGAGGGGAGAGCCCAAAAGUCUGGGGGUGAGUCAGGUCAUGCUGGGGCUGAUGGUCAUGUCCUACUCUAUUCCUCUUCACUUCACUGUCGCAACGGAAGUGGUCACCUUUGGCGUUCCCUGGUGGAGUGGGCUAACGUUCAUCACAGCGGGAGCGGUGGCCAUCGUCCUGGACAAACACUGCACCAUGAAGAUUUUGCAGGGGUGUCUGAUAGCGAGCGGGGCGUCCGCCCUCCUGUCGGUGGUGGCUGUGAUCAUCUACUCGGUGGACAUGGACAUGAAUCCAUUGCUGCCGUGCGAGACGACUGAUGACCCCUGUAGUGAUGAACACGACGCCACGGCGCUGAGCCGAGGACUGAAGUCGGUCCUCCUUCUCUUCACCGUGGCUCAGAUGGUCAUCUCCGCUGUUGUCUUCUUCCUUCUCUUCCGGCAGAGACGCUGCUACGGACAGUACGCUUCUCUCAAUCAAGCUGCUCUAUCAACAUCCACGUCAGUAACGUCCCUCCACCUGAACUGAUCACCGGACCACCAGUCUUUGAGGGGACGGAUCGCUUCCCAACGAGACCUUUUUCCCCCCUGAAGCUGACUUCACCUGUCGUAUGUGUAUUGAUUCUGCCUAUCUGCUGGUAUCCAUGGCUUAUCCACAACGCUACCUAAAAUGCCACCACUGGAGAGUAUAAAGUGGAAACUUAUGGUCUGCUGAAAUAAACAGUUUUUCUGGAGCAGUCCUCGUGUAGAUUUCCACCGCUGUUUGCUUACAUGAGUUUGAGGUCACUCCAGCCCAGAAUCUAGGGACAAAAACCAACACUGUGUAUGCGAGGAGGAAAAACACACAGCACAGGUGAGGAAGAGACCUCACUGCAUGUCAGGCAGGGAUGUCAUUGCAUGAUAGGACGACACUUUCAGACAGCUCCAUGCAGAUGAGGAAGGAACGCCGACUCCUCUUCACCAGCAGGGCUGUUCCAACAGCUGGUGCUUUCACUUCAAAAUGUUUCCAUUGUGUGAAUGUUGUACUAACCCUUUGAUAUAUUUUUGAAAUAAAGGUGUCCAGUGAGACACAUUUUAUGAAA